UGGUUCGAGUGUGUCAGCAUGAUGGUGAUUCUGCUGAACUGUGUUACCCUGGGGAUGUACCAGCCUUGUGAUGAUAUGGACUGUCUCAAUGACCGGUGCAAGAUCUUGCAGGUAUUUGAUGAUUUCAUCUUCAUCUUCUUUGCCAUGGAGAUGGUGCUGAAGAUGGUGGCCCUUGGGAUCUUUGGCAAGAAGUGUUACCUUGGAGACACCUGGAACCGCCUGGAUUUCUUCAUUGUGAUGGCUGGGAUGGUGGAAUAUUCCCUGGACCUGCAAAACAUUAACUUGUCUGCAAUCCGUACUGUCCGUGUCCUGAGGCCCCUCAAAGCCAUCAACCGGGUGCCUAGCAUGCGGAUCCUGGUGAAUUUGCUCCUGGACACCCUGCCCAUGCUGGGGAAUGUUCUGCUUCUCUGCUUCUUUGUCUUCUUCAUCUUUGGCAUCAUCGGAGUACAGCUGUGGGCUGGUCUGCUCAGGAACCGCUGUUUCAUGGAGGAGAACUUCACAAUACAAGGCGACAUCAUUCUCCCCCCCUAUUACCAACCCGAGGAGGACGAUGAGAUGCCCUUCAUCUGCUCGCUGUCAGGAGACAAUGGCAUCAUGGGGUGUCAUGAGAUCCCCCCGCUGAAGGAGAGGGGCCAUGAGUGCUGCCUGGACAAGGAUGACUAUUAUUACUACAACUCUGUCCGGCAGGAGUUCAAUGUCAGUGGCAUGUGCGUCAACUGGAACCAGUACUACAACGUGUGCCGCACAGGCAAUGCCAACCCACAUAAGGGUGCCAUCAACUUUGACAAUAUCGGUUAUGCCUGGAUCGUUAUAUUUCAGGUGAUCACACUGGAAGGGUGGGUGGAGAUCAUGUAUUAUGUGAUGGAUGCUCAUUCGUUCUACAACUUUAUCUACUUUAUCUUGCUGAUAAUCGUGGGCUCUUUCUUCAUGAUCAACCUGUGCCUGGUGGUCAUAGCUACUCAGUUCUCUGAGACCAAGCAGCGGGAGCACCAGCUGAUGCAGGAACAGCGAGCACGGUACUUGUCCUCCAGCACUGUAGCCAGCUACACAGAACCAGGAGACUGCUACGAGGAGAUCUUCCAGUACGUUUGCCACAUCGUGCGCAAAGCCAAGCGUCGCACACUUAGCCUCUACAACAGCCUGCAGGACCGACGCCAGGGCCGGAUGGAGUCAGGCUGUGCCAAGCUCGGUGUGAACGGGAAAGGACAGAGACGCUAUAGGCAUUGCCGGAAACACAACUCUCUCGAAUACACUCCUCAUGCCCUCGUCCAGCCCAUUGCUAUGACCCUGACCUCUGACCCCAACAACUGCCCCAGAUGUCACAGGGUGCAGCAUGAGGCAGCCCGGAGGCUCUCCAUCCUGGACAGUGCUGAUUCGGACCAGGAGGAAGGAGGGGCUGGCAAAGAGCAAGGAGAAGGAAGAAGAGGAAGCAAGGGUGCCACAGAUCUGGAGAAGGAGGAAGAGGAGGGGGAAGAGGGCGGAUGGCUGAGGCUCUGUAGUGACCUGUGGCGAGAAGUGAGGGUCAAACUAAGGGGGAUUGUGGACAGCAAGUACUUCAACCGUGGGAUCAUGAUAGCCAUCCUAGUAAACACCAUCAGCAUGGGCAUUGAGCACCAUGAACAGCCAGAAGAACUGACCAACAUCUUGGAGAUCAGCAAUGUUGUGUUCACCAGCAUGUUUGCCCUGGAGAUGAUCCUGAAACUCGCCGCCUUUGGCCUCUUUGAUUACCUCCGCAAUCCCUACAACAUCUUCGACAGCAUCAUUGUCAUCAUCAGCAUAUGGGAGAUCAUUGGCCAGUCAGAUGGGGGGCUGUCAGUGCUGAGAACUUUCCGCCUCCUGCGGGUGCUGAAGCUCGUACGUUUCAUGCCUGCUCUGCGACGCCAGCUGGUGGUCCUGAUGAAGACCAUGGACAAUGUGGCCACCUUCUGUAUGCUCCUUAUGCUCUUCAUCUUUAUCUUCAGCAUCCUGGGAAUGCACAUCUUUGGGUGCAAAUUCAGCCUCCGGACAGACACCGGAGACACAGUCCCUGACCGGAAGAACUUUGAUUCGCUGCUCUGGGCCAUCGUCACUGUGUUCCAGAUCCUGACCCAGGAGGACUGGAACGUCGUGCUGUAUAAUGGCAUGGCCUCCACCUCACCGUGGGCAUCCCUUUACUUUGUGGCCCUCAUGACCUUUGGCAACUAUGUCCUCUUCAAUCUGCUGGUGGCUAUCCUGGUGGAGGGCUUCCAGGCUGAGGGUGAUGCCAACCGGUCGUACUCAGACGAAGAUCAGAGUUCAUCAAACAUGGAGGACUUUGACAAGUUCCAGGACAGCCAGGAUGUCUCAGAUCCCAGGCUCUGUGCAAUUCCCAUGACCCCAAAUGGACACCUUGACCCCAGCCUACCUUCUUCCAACCAGCCAGUGGCAGCUGGUGGGGUCACAAGUUCUGCCCGGAAUUCCCUGCAGCCAGACCAGAUCCUCAUUGCCUUGGGUUCCAGGAAGAGCAGUGUGAUGUCACUGGGGAGAAUGACCUACGACCAGAGGUCACUGUCUAGCUCUCGCAGUUCUCACUAUGGUGCAUGGGGCCGCAGCGGGGCCUGGGGGAGCCGCCGCUCCAGCUGGAACAGCCUGGCUCGGGGACACAGCCUAAAACACAAACCUCCAUCUGCCGAGCAUGAAUCUCUGCUGUCUGUGGAAAGGCACAGGGUGGCGGAUGGAGAACGAGAGGGGAUGGGAAGGGCCCCUCAUCACCGGCGGACGCUCUCGCUGGACAUCAAAGAUUCCUGUGACCUGGUGGAGCUGACGUCAUCAGUCCCAUCCAGUCACAGGGCAGCACGGAAGGUGGGUGUGGCUCUGGGCACCAGCGAGCACCAGGACUGUAACGGCAAAAUGCCCAAUAUCGCUAAGGAGAUUUUCCCAAAGAUGGACGACCGCAAGGAACAUGGAGAGGACGAGGAGGAGAUAGACUAUAGCCUGUGUUUCCGCAUCCGGAAGAUGAUGGACGUAUAUAAGCCAGACUGGUGUGAGAUACGGGAGGAUUGGUCCAUCUACCUCUUCUCUCCACAAAACAGGUUCCGCAUCCUCUGCCAAACCAUCAUUGCUCACAAGCUCUUUGACUAUGUUGUUCUGGCCUUCAUCUUCCUGAACUGCAUCACCAUUGCCCUGGAGAGACCGCAGAUCGAGCAUCGGAGCACGGAGAGGAUCUUUCUCACCGUAUCCAACUACAUUUUCACGGCAAUCUUCGUAGCUGAGAUGACACUAAAGGUGGUCUCUCUAGGCCUAUAUUUUGGGGAGCAGGCCUAUCUCCGCAGCAGCUGGAACAUCCUAGAUGGCUUCUUGGUCUUUGUGUCCCUCAUUGACAUUGUGGUCUCAGUGGCCUCUGCUGGAGGAGCUAAAAUUCUGGGGGUGCUCCGGGUCCUCCGACUGCUGCGCACAUUACGUCCUCUCAGGGUCAUCAGCCGUGCCCCAGGCCUGAAGCUGGUGGUGGAGACACUCAUCUCAUCCCUCAAACCCAUUGGGAACAUUGUCCUCAUUUGCUGUGCCUUCUUCAUCAUCUUUGGCAUCCUGGGUGUGCAGCUCUUCAAGGGGAAGUUCUACCACUGCCUUGGGAUUGACAUCCGUAACAUCACCAACAGGUCUGACUGUAUGGCCGCCAAUUACAAAUGGGUACACCAAAAGUACAACUUUGACAACCUUGGACAGGCCCUGAUGUCCCUCUUCGUUCUGGCCUCCAAAGAUGGUUGGGUCAAUAUUAUGUAUAACGGACUAGAUGCUGUGGCUGUUGACCAGCAGCCAGUGACCAACAACAACCCCUGGAUGCUCCUUUACUUCAUCUCAUUCCUCCUCAUCGUCAGCUUCUUCGUUCUCAACAUGUUCGUGGGGGUGGUGGUGGAGAACUUCCACAAGUGCCGGCAGCAUCAGGAGGCAGAGGAGGCACGCCGGCGGGAGGAAAAGCGCCUCAGGCGCCUGGAGAAGAAGCGCAGGAAGGCGCAGCGCUUGCCGUAUUAUGCCACCUACUGCUCUGUCCGCCUCCUCAUCCAUUCGGUCUGCACCAGCCACUACUUGGACAUCUUCAUCACCUUCAUCAUCUGCCUCAACGUCGUCACCAUGUCCCUGGAGCACUACAACCAGCCAGUGUCUCUUGAGACUGCCCUGAAGUACUGCAACUACAUGUUCACCACAGUUUUUGUGCUGGAGGCGGUUCUGAAGCUGGUGGCGUUUGGAUUGCGGCGAUUCUUCAAAGACAGGUGGAACCAGCUGGACCUGGCCAUUGUACUGCUAUCUGUCAUGGGCAUCACGCUGGAGGAGAUUGAAAUCAAUGCAGCUCUCCCCAUCAACCCCACCAUCAUCCGCAUCAUGAGGGUGCUGCGCAUUGCCCGGGUGCUGAAGCUACUGAAGAUGGCGACAGGGAUGCGGGCGUUACUGGACACAGUUGUGCAAGCUCUGCCACAGGUGGGGAACCUCGGACUGCUCUUCAUGCUCCUCUUUUUCAUCUACGCUGCUCUAGGAGUGGAACUCUUUGGGAAGCUGGUGUGCAAUGACGAGAACCCCUGUGAGGGCAUGAGCCGCCAUGCCACCUUUGAGAACUUUGGGAUGGCCUUCCUCACGCUCUUCCAGGUCUCCACUGGCGACAACUGGAAUGGAAUCAUGAAGGAUACCCUGCGGGACUGCACCCAUGAUGACCGGAGUUGCCUCAGCAACCUGCAGUUCAUCUCGCCACUCUACUUUGUCAGCUUCGUGCUCACAGCCCAGUUUGUCCUCAUCAACGUGGUGGUAGCUGUGCUCAUGAAACACCUCGACGACAGCAACAAGGAGGCGCAGGAGGACGCAGAAAUGGAUGCCGAGAUUGAGCUCGAGAUGGCACACGGGCUCUGCCCCCGCACCGUGGGCUCCCCGAGCUCAGGACAGGGAGCAGGAGGUGGAGGAGGUGGGAGAGUGGACCCUGAAGGACGUCUGUGCAUGAGAUGUUUCUCUCCAGCACAGGAGAACUUAUGGCUGGACAGUGUCUCUUUAAUUAUUAAGGACUCCUUCGACGGGGAGUUAAUGAUCAUCGAUAACCUAUCGGGCUCCGUCUUCCAUCAUUACUCCUCGCCGGCCAUGUGCGAGAAGUGUAACCAUGACAAGCAAGAGGUUCAGCUGGCUGAAAUGGAAGGCUUAUCCCUCAACUCAGACAAGUCUUCUUCCAUCCUGCUAGGGGAUGAUUUAGACAAUCGCAGCAUCUGUCAGUUGAGUUCUAAGGAGACCAAGAAUGGCCAGAACAGCCCUGACUCCAUGGGCAUGGGAGAUUUGGGGGAAUGUUUCUUCCCAUUAACAACUACAGGUGCUUCUCCAACUCCAGAAGGUUACUUGUGUGAAAUGGAGAAAAUCCCUUUCAACCCCGUCCAGUCCUGGCUGAAGCAUGAGAGUAAUCAAGUUCCCCCCGGACCCUUUUCUCCAGGUACGUCCAGGCCACUGUUACCUGUACCAGCAGAGUUUUUCCAUCCAGCCAUCUCUGCCACCCAGACUGGGCAGGAGAAGGUUUCCUGUCCAGGCAGCCUUCCUAAAAUCUCUCUGCAGGGUUCAUGGGCAUCACUGCGAUCCCCAAGUGUGAACUGCUCACUACUCCACCAGGCCACGGAGAGCGACACCUCCCUCGAUGACAGCAGGAGCAGUAGCUCAGAAGGCAGCUUGCAGACCACCCUGGAGGACAGCUUGAACCUUAGCGACUCACCCCAGUGCACCCUGGACCUCCCGAUGGCACUGUGCCCGAUGCCAACGGCUGCCAGCCAAAGAACCAUGGCAGCUCCACUUUCCCCUGCCUCCCGGCGGCGGAACCUGCGGGGCCGCGGGAUAUUCAGCCUGCAGAGCAUCAGGCGGCAUCAGCGGAGCCACAGCAGCGGAGGGAGCACGAGCCCUGGGUGCACUCAUCAUGACUCCAUGGACCCUUCUGACGAGGAGGGCGCGGGGAGCAGCCUGAGGGGUGGCAACAACAGCGAGCAGUCAGAGACCCUCAGCAGCCUCUCCCUGACAUCCCUUUUCUCCCCACCCCCACCGCCCCCAGGCCGGGCGCUUGUGAAGAAGUGCAACAGCACAAGCAGCCUCACCGCCAACCCCUCUUCCCGAGGGCCCACCACCAACGAAGCCAAGCCGUUCUACUCGGUUGACCCCCGGGGGUUCCUCUCCAUGCCCUCCUGGGUGACGGACUUCUGCAAGGACACCCCCUCACCGGGUGAUGGUGAGGGGUCGGACAGCCCCGAUAAACUGGGGGUGGCAGACCGCAGCUCCCCACUCCCUUCUGAGCUGGAGCUGGGCAAUGGAGUCAGCAAGAGGAACAGAUGAGGGUUAGGGAGGGGAGUGAGCAGCGUGGGCAAGGGCGCGCCUUGUGCUACCAUUUCCCAGCAGCAAUUCCAAAGGACUGUGGGAAAAAGAAACACGUAAACACAAGCUAUAAAUAUAUAUAUAUAUAUAUAUAAAUAUGUAUUUAGUAAAUACUCUGGUACUGUACCUCCGAGGUGUGAGAGAGCGAAAGCAAUAUGGCAACAUUCCCGCCCACGCGCUGGACGGGGAGCCCCACCGCAGAGACCACAGGGAUGAGGAGGGCACCGGUGGGCUUGGAGGGACUGGGCCCACCAGCCAAACUCCUGCCCGGGUGGCAGCCAUUUAGUUAUAUACAUAUACAUAGAGAAAGAGAUUGAUUUAUUUAUUUUUUUUACUGAGCGAUUAUGACUUCCAGAAAGUGCUAAGCAGGGGAAAGGGUGGGGGGACUUGGGGACGUUCAUUUUGAACAGGGAGGGAGAAAGGAGAUGAGAACCCAAGGAGGGUUUGGUUGUUUUUGAGAAUUUCAUUCAGCAUUCAUACUUCCAUUUUGAAAAUGAAUGAUCCUGGGCUGGCUCCUCAGCCAGUGUAAAUCGGCAGAGCUCCGUGGAGAUCCGCAGCUGGAGUAAAUCAGUAUAGCUUUGGUUUCAGUGGAGAAAUGCAAGUUGACCCCAACUGAAGAUCAGGCCCAGACAGCAGGAAAACCCAAACAGAGGGGGAGCAUUGGAAGUGAUUUGUUACUUUGAUGAGUGUGUGUGAACGCAGCAGGAAUGCUCCGGGAAGGGAAGAGAUGGAGGCAACAUGGCACCUGCUGAAUGUGUUCAUUUAAUGGUGUGAUUUGUUUUAUUUUAUUUUAUUUAUUUAUUUACUUAUUUUGGUUUUGUCUUUUUAUUUUAUUCCAAAAAAAGAAAGAAAGAAAGCUGCUAAGAGAAGAAACUCAGAUGUUCAGGGUCUGUUUCCCCACACCUUAGGUUUCUGUAAUGGUGACAAUUUUUAUUUUAGAAGCCCAAAGGCGCAAAAACUGUCUAUAGAGAAUCAAAUCUGUUAUUUUUUAUAUAUCUAUAUCCAUGUGUACAUGACAAGAAAAAAAAACUAGAAUUAAAAAAAAAAGGCAAUACAAAAUGAGCCUCAGUCAGAUAUUAAGUGCAGUCAGUCCCCAGGCUCAGAGCUGGGGUUUGUGAACCAAACUCUCUUCCCAGUUCUACUGAUGUGAAUCCACAGUAAUGCCACUGAAGUCAAUGAGCCUCAUUCUACUCUCACACCGGUGUGACUCUGUUGACAUCAGCAGAGUUAUCCCUGAUUUAAGCAUGAUCAGAAUCCAGCCCAAUGGCAGUUGAGGGUGUGGAGGACUUCACAAGAUCAGGCUCUGAGGGCAGAAUUUGUGCGUGUGUGUGUGUCUGCAAUAUCAUGUCUAUUUGACUCCCUAGUGACAGUUUUGUGUGUGUGUUUCUCACCUUGUCUGUGUUUUGCAAAGGAGUGUGCACUCGUUGUGAGGUAGGCUGGUUGCAUGGCUGGUUGCUGAUUGGUGUCCAUUGAUUGUGUGGUAUGAAGGCAGAUUGGCCCCUGGUUCCAGAGGAUCUGCUUCAGCAUCAAGCUGAAAACAGGAGAAUCUGAUUCUCUUCCAUAACUACUGCAGCAAGCCCACUGAGACUGUACCCCUGUUUGAGGCCCGCUGUGUGGUCAAGGUUUGCUUCACCAUUUACCCUCUCUACUUGUGAGAGUCCAUUUUUAAGAACUCACCUGUUUCGUAUCCUUUCCAGAUUUAUGGAUAGGACAGAGGACAAAAAAAUGGCCUGAAGAGCUUGAAAAAAGUGGGAUGCAAUCCACAGGCUCACAGGGCUCUGACACGGGUAUUUCUGAGAGCAAGAAAGAAUGAGAGAAGGGAUGAGGCAAAGAGAUGGAAAGGAGCAGGGGGACAGAGAGAGGGAGGUUCAGAGGACAUUGCUUCGUCAUAUUCAGAGGAAAGAAUGAAUUUCCCACAUUGGUUCCUGCAGCAAACCCCUCUUGGAGGCACCUUCCCUGCUGGAAUCAGAAGCACUGUGCUGCUUGGUACUAUACAGAUUUGCUCAUCUGGUUUUUUAGCAGCUGCUUCACCCGAUAAACUGGGGCUGUGAACACCAAACAUGUCAAGUGUAACAAAACAAAACAAAAAAAAGGAUAAAUUAACUUAUGUAUUUGAUUUAUUUGUUGAGAGUAAUCUAUGCUUUGUGGAAAGUGCACAACUCUGACUGCAGGCAUGCCAGGGAGGACAGGAAAGCCGGAGUCCCCACCCUGGCAGGAAGGCUGCUGGUCCAGAUUAAUUAAAGCAAUAACAAGGGUUUUAAAUGUU